AGGACUAGUAUUUUGUCGGACGCCCAAAGUCAAAGCAGAUUUAUCCCCAUUCGUACGGGUUCUGCAGAGAUGUGAUUAACUAUAAAAGGGAUAGUAAUUUUUCGGAGCAAUGCAUUAAGAAUCCUUCAGAACUAAGUGUUCUAUAUUGGUAUUCUUGCAAGGUCACUCAAAACGCAUAUUCUGCGUAAAAAACGACUUAAGGCUGGCUCAAGUGCGAUCCCAAUAGAUUAAGAACAAAGGAGCUUGUCAUGUCAUGGGAGAGCAUUGAUUCUAAGGAUCUGCUUAGCAUCCCUCCUAGCCAAAAUCUGUCUGCAACACAUUUACUUACAUCACCUGAUGGAUCACGAUACCUGUUGGAAAAUUCAAACGAUUUAUGUCAAUUAGAUGAAAGCUUUUCUCGAUUGGCGGGAUAUGGAUCCAGUCCAGACGUAGGAUCCCGAUCCCUCUGGGCUAGCCAGAGGCUAUUAAGAUCGGGUUCUGUAAUCAGUUGCUUUUUGUCAUGUCAACAUAGCUUAAAGCAGUACAUAGCCAAACGAAAGAUCGAGCGAGGACGACGUCUAUAUGAGCAAAACAAUCAAACGGAGGCUGUCCGUACAUGGCGUAGUGCACUUAAAGGGACCUGCCAACGCGAAGACUGCUUCCAGCUACUUGGAUACUUGUACCAGGCCCAUAUGGACUGGGGAAAAUUUCGGGAGGCUAUUGAAUUCGGGCAUCAGCAGCUUGGAAUUUCAGAGGAGCUGGAUUCGCCAAAUAUGCGAGCUGAGACUUACUUAAACCUCAGUAGAGCACACGCUUGUUUGGGCGGUUUGGAGCGAUCUCUAAGUUAUGCUCGGCACUCACUUUACAAUGAGUGCGGCACUAAAUGUCGGAGUGGGCUUGUCCAUUUGACGGUUGCUCGAGUAUAUUUAGAAAUGGGAGGAUUUUCUAGGGCACUGGAAGGCUUGCAGGGUGCUUACAAGAUUGCUACCGCUAUUGGAGAUCCUUCCCUGGAGCUACAAGUGUAUGUUGCGCUAUCUGAGCUUUUUGGACGCCUCCAGGAUAACGAUAAGAGUGCAACGUACGCUUCCAAGGCCUACGAUUUAUCUCGUUCCCUACAGUUGGGUGACCUGAACUCAUGCCACCAUAGAGCUGCAUUAUUGCGAAUGGCUGUAUCUCUGCGAAAGCAAGGCGAACUCGGAGAUGCACAAGAUUAUUGUAAGGAGGCCACAAAGCUGUCACUAAUAUCUGGAGACCAGGCCACUUAUACGCGAAGUAUUCGCGUUAUGGGUGACAUUUACCGAAAACAAAUGGACAUGGAUAGGGCAUUCCGGCAAUACGAACAGGCAAUGGGUACGUCAGCCAGUUUAGGGGAUCGUAUGGCGCAAAUGGAGGCUAUGGACGGAGCAGCCCGUUGCCUAGAAACACUACGACUUCAAAACAAGAUCUGCAAUUGCAGACCUCUGGAAUUUAACACAAGACUUCUGGAAGUUGCAAGCUCAAUUGGUGCCAAGUUUCUGGUUCGCAAGAUUCGUUGUCGACUGGCCCUAAUCUACCGCGCAUUGGGCGACGAGGAUCAGUACAACACACAUUUUCGUUUGGCCAAUCAAACGGAUGCUGCGCUAGGCUUGAACUGUGGUGCGUGUGGCGAGUUGUUUGGCCUUCGUCCGGAAAACUUAGAAGCUUUGCCAUGUGCACACAUUCUUCAUGCUAGAUGCGCCUACGAAAUAUUACGACGUCGGGACAAAAAUACACCACGGUCAUGCCCCGCCUGCAACAAGUUGGUAAGCUCUCGCACACAUCUUUGCGGCAGCGUUCCGGUUGAGAGCGAAAGUACCGACGGAGGCAGCGCCGUCACAGUUACCCUAAAUGCAAAUGCUCUGUCGGUGGACGGUCUCCUGGGCAUGAACUCCGAUAUUCUCCUACCAUCGGUCGCGUUUUGCCAUGUCAACAAACCGUCACUGGAUGCCGAAAAUAGCACUUUGUUGUCCCCCAAAGUCAUGUACCACAGCAAUUUGUCGUUGGCCUCGCUAAGUAUGCGCGCAUCUAGCCUAACGAUUGAUAGCGGGCAAAAUGCGACCUCAUCUGUUUAAAAUGAGAACGAGAACAUGUUCUGAAAUAUGUCAGCUCUGUGAAGGCUCAGCAUUGUUUAAGGUUAUUUUAAAACGAAGAAAGAAGAUCGGGAUACCGAAUCAAAAUGCAAUAUCAGGAUCGUGAUUUUAUCGCUCGUUAUUAUAGAUAGAUUAAUUGGCUUUCAUUAUAUAGAACAUUGCAUUUUGAAUGCACACAAAAGUUAACAAAAAUUUAAGUUACUAAAUCUAAGACCUACAUGAGCAAGUGAGACAGCAACAAUUUUUACUACGGCUUACGCUUGAAUUCCAACUUACUUCUUAACUAAAGUACCCUGUCCGAACUAAUAUUCCUGUGUAAUUCAAGUUUUAUGAUUAAACCAUUGGCAGGUACAUAUUAGAUUGUUCUUAAAUAUGUAUGUUAGUAUAUGCACACACAACAAAUGUAAAAACUAAAAUAAAUCGUUACUAUGUGUUGUUGACACAUAUUGUUUUAAAGCUCGA